AUGUCAACAUCAGAGAACACAACAACUGCUAUCGUUCAUGAAGCCAUAAGUGAAGAAUACGAGUGGGUUCAGUUUAACAAACAACUCCGUCUCAUUCGUUCGGUCAAAGAUGACAUGUACCAAAUGCAAAGUAUUUUGACAGCAUGUUUUGCUCCAGAUACUAAGAAACCACAAGACUGGUUUGAAUUAAAUAGCACUCAUGAACUCCUCAGUGAGUUUGAACAUGUAGAACUUAAAAAGAUGUACCAAGACAGACAAAACUUACCAUCGCAUCUAAAAGGUAUAUAUGUUCAUAAGUUCCUAGUUAGUUCAAUAGCAAUGUGGGCUUCACCUCGCUAUGCAUGGUAUGUUUGUAAACUUCUUGACGAACUUUGUACAAAGCAGAGAGAAGAUAUGAUGAAAGAAGACAAAAACAUACAGAAAAGAAUACCACGUUCGGUACCAAAAGGAAAGGAAAAGAACUAUAAGUAUAUGAUUUACACUGAAGAGAUGGAAAAUGAAGAAGACAGAGAUAUGGUUAUGUUGCAUUUAGUCAGAAGAAACAACAAAAGCUUUUACGACUUAGCUAAGAUUUACAAAUCUGACAGAAAUUG